AUGGGGUACAGCAGAUCUCGAGAGAUUAGGAGAUGGGAGAUGAGAAAGAUGAAGGCGGCAGGCUUGAGUGUAGAGGAAGCAUAUUCUGAUGAAGAGGGUGGCCUGGUUCCGGAUCUGGUGUACAAAGAGAGCUCAAGUGAGUUUCUGGGAAAUAAAGUGUUUGAUCCUGUUUUGAGGAACAAAAUAGAAAUUGAGAAGCCGGGAACAGAGAUAAGUGCUGUGGCAAAAAGAGGAAGUGUGUUCCUGAGUGUGCAUCCCCGCAGCUACGUAGCGCCGUCUGCAUCUGGAGAAGUUGAUAGAGAGGUUUCCCAAAGGCUUCCGAUUGAGAGCUUCAGAGAUGAUCUAAUGGAGUUUGUAGGAAAGCACCGGGUGAUAGUUCUAGUGGGAGAAACAGGGUCUGGAAAGAGUACGCAGGUGCCUAAAUAUUUGUAUCAGGAGGGGUAUGGAGACAAGGGGAUUAUAGGAUGCACGCAGCCCAGAAGAGCUGCAGCAAUCAGCUUAGCAUCCACAUUGAAGAGAGAAAUGGGAUGUGCGGUAGGAUAUUCCAUUCGGUUUGAUAGCACAACAACACAGGAUACAAAGAUAAGGUAUAUGACGGAGGGGAUUCUUCUCCAAGAGCUGCUGGCAGACAAGAUGCUUAGAAGGUAUUCGGUAGUGAUACUGGAUGAGGCGCAUGAAAGAACCACAAACUUAGACAUAUCCAUGGGAUUGCUGAAGCUUGCUUUGAAGGAAAGAGAUGAUCUGAGGAUUAUAAUAAUGAGCGCCACAAUAGAAGCACAGAAGCUUUGUAACUACUUCGGAUGUCCAGCUUUCAAUAUCGAAGGCAGAAGCUAUCCAGUGGAGACUAGAUAUCUGAGUGUGAAUGUAGACGACUAUGUGGAAUGGACGGUUAAGAAGAUACUUUAUAUACACGAGAAUUGUGGGGAAGGAGAUAUUCUAGUCUUUGUGACGGGAAGAGACGACGUCGAAGGGGUUGUGGGGAUAGUGAACCAUUGCAUCAGAAACAAGUGCUUUGGUGAAGGAAGUGAGGGAGGCAGAGGUCUUAAGGUUCUUCCAUUUUAUAGCCAGCUUCCUGAGGAAAUGCAGAAUAGGGUGUUCCAAGCGGAGAAGGAUGUAAGGAAAUGCAUUGUUUCCACAAAUGUAGCAGAGACGUCCCUAACUAUCCCAAAUAUUGGAUAUGUCAUUGACACAGGGCUCCAGAAGAUAAGUGUUUAUAGUUACGACACAGGGGAAUCACUAGUUACAGUACCUAUAAGUAGGGCAAAUGCCGACCAAAGAACAGGGCGUGCAGGAAGAACCAGGCCAGGGGUGUGUUACAGAAUGUAUACAGCGGACACCUACGAGAAUGACAUGCUUCCAUCUCCAGUGCCAGAAAUCCAAAGGACGAACAUACACAAUGUUGUUCUACUGCUCUUAAAGCAUGGGGUCCAUGAUAUACUUGGGUUUGACUUUGUCGACAGGCCCUCGGAAGAGUUGAUUCAAGGUGCCCUGCUUGGGCUCCAUCGUCUUGGUGCAGUAUGCUCUAGAGGCCUCCUCACCAAAGUUGGAAAGGAAAUGAGUGAGUUGAGGCUGGAUCCUCCAUUAGCAAGGAUGGUUCUAGGUGCCGCAGGCUAUGGGGCUGUUAACGAGAUAGCAAGCAUAGCCAGUAUGCUUAGUGUCCACGAGGUUUUUCAUAGAGACUUUGACAAAUCAUCUCCGCUGUGCCACCAGGGCUGUGAUUUCCUGACUCUUCUGAACAUCUUCAAUGCAUUUAUCAGACAGAAAAACAGAAGUGAAUGGUGUAACAAGAUGAAAGUUAGCGAACAUGCAUUAAAAAGGGCAACCGAAACAAAAAGGGCUGUGCUAAUGUCUUUGAGGGAAAUGGGCGUGCCAAUAUCCAGCACAAGAUCACUGGAUAAAAUUCAAAGGUGUAUCAUAUCCUCGGUGCAUUACAACGUGGCUAGAAGGAGGGGCAAAGGGUAUGUCUGCCUAAGCAACUUCCGUGCAUGCAUGGUUCAUCCCUCAAGUGUGCUCGCAGAUAGUUAUAGCCAAUAUAUCAUAUUUUAUAAGCACCUUAGUACAAGGGCCGAAUAUAUGUAUUGCUGUUCGAACAUAAGCCCACAGGUGAUUCUUGAGGAGGCUGGAUGCUAUUACAGGGAUAGAAAUGGUGUAUUCAACAUUCAGAAGCAUCCUGUCAUUGAGGAUGGUCUGGAUCGUGAGCACAAUCCUUUUGGCUCCGCGUGUUCGCUAACCGGAGCCAGGAUGCCUGGAAAGAUUGCUUUGGAUGAGAACCUCUAUGAUCGAUUUGAAAAAUGGAACGAAUCUGAGGAAAGCGACGAGGAGCCGCCCAAAAAGAUUAGAAGGACAAGAAUAUAA